GCGGGGCGGGGAUUGGUCUGAACGUUGCGAACUCUGCUCCCAGCAUUUCGCCGCCCCGGCUCCCGGGACACCUGCUCUCUCUCAGGUCCCGCGGCGCCAGGUUUCCCCUCCGCUGUCGUUCUCGCCACCCCCGCCCGCAGGGUAGGGAAAAGGGUUGGACCAUCCCGUCUCCGAACUCUGCUUCGCGCCGCUGAAGGCGAGAUGAGCGCGGACUCGGCGGCCGGGGCACCCUUGCCCCGGCUCUGCUGCCUGGAGAAGGGUCCGAACGGCUACGGCUUCCACUUGCACGGGGAAAAGGGCAAGGUAGGCCAGUUCAUCCGGCUGGUGGAGCCCGGCUCGCCGGCCGAAAAGUCGGGACUGCUGGCCGGGGACCGGCUAGUGGAGGUGAACGGCGAGAACGUGGAGAAGGAGACCCACCAGCAGGUGGUGAGCCGCAUCCGGGCCGCACUUAACGCCGUGCGACUGCUGGUGGUCGACCCCGAGACCGACGAGCGGCUGCAGAAGUUGGGCGUCCAGGUCCGGGAGGAGAUGCUACGCGCCCAAGAAGGGCCCGGGCAGGCCGAGCCGCCGGCCGCCACCGAGGCGCAGGGGGCUGACAGCGAAAAUGAGCCGCCGGCCGCCACUCCGGAGCCGCACGAGGCGGAGAAGAGCCGUCAGGAGCCACGUGAGCUUCGGCCUCGGCUCUGCGCCAUGAAGAAGGGCCCCAACGGCUAUGGCUUCAACCUGCACAGUGACAAGUCCAAGCCAGGCCAGUUCAUCCGGGCAGUGGACCCAGACUCGCCCGCUGAGGCCUCAGGGCUCCGGGCCCAGGACCGCAUCGUGGAGGUGAACGGGGUCUGCGUGGAGGGCAAGCAGCACGGGGAUGUGGUAUCUGCCAUCAAGGCUGGUGGGGACGAGGCCAAGCUGCUGGUGGUGGACAGGGAGACGGAUGAGUUCUUCAAGAAAUGCAAAGUGAUCCCGUCUCAGGAGCACCUGAGUGGUCCCUUGCCCGAGCCCUUCACCAACGGCGAGAUCCAGAAGGAGAACAGUGGGGAAGCCCCGGCCGAGGCAGCCUCCGAGAGCCCCAUGCCCACCCUGGCCAGAUCCACCUCCAGUGACACCAGUGAGGAGCUCAAUUCCCAAGACAGCCCCAAGAAAGAGGACACGGCAGCCUCAUCUACCUCCUCCUCCUCCGACCCCGUCCUGGACUUCAACAUCUCCCUGGCCGUGGCCAAAGAGAGGGCCCAUCAGAAGCGCAGCAGCAAACGGGCCCCGCAGAUGGACUGGAGCAAGAAAAACGAACUCUUCAGCAACCUUUGAGCGCCCCCUGGCACCAGCCACCAGGAAAGCUGGCAGGGCCAGGCCCGCAGCGCCACACCCCAGCUUAUCUCCUCCUUCCCACUCACCCCCGAAUCGACAUACCGAUCAGCACCAGCACCCCUUCUUGGCAAAUCUGAUUUUUCUAGAGAAUUAUGUUCUUCCCCUAACUUGCGGGAAGGUGACCCCUUCUCCCCCCCACCGGGUGCUUCAGCCUACCAGGUGUUCCCUGGCCACCGUCUGGGGACAUCUCUGGGACCUACGCCGAACAAGGAGCAUGGGAUUGGGCGAGAGGUCACCCUCCCUCACGACCCCAAGUGGUGACUGGGUCCGGGAUUGAUCAAGGACUCAGCAACAUCUCGAGUGGACAGGGGGGCAUCGUCCCGAGAGCUGUGGCUCGGGCAUCUUAGUUUGGUUCCUUUGAUUUUUUUAAGUGCAGGAUCACAGAGUUGAGAGGGACUUUCGAAUCCUUGAUUAACAUGAUCUUCCAUGUUGCUGUGUCCAGGACAUAGUGGCCUUAGCCUUCGACUUUGUUUCUGCUUCCACCCUGUGACCUGGGAAUGUGGGGAGGACCUGGCCACUCCCCCGCCCAGCCCUGAGCCAGGCGCGAUUGUAAGGAAACUAUUGAAAUUCAA